AUGGGGAAGAAAGGAACUCUCUUUAUAUAUACCGGUGCGGGGGGGGGGGCGGGGGGCAGGCUUUCAUUUUUCCACCAGCUAGCUGCUUUCGGGGAAUCUGUCACGGCUCGUACAAAGCAGACCGCUCGCAAGUCCACCGGCGGCAAGGCGCCGCGCAAGCAGCUGGCCACCAAGGCGGCCCGCAAGAGCGCACCGGCCACGGGCGGCGUGAAGAAGCCGCACCGCUACCGGCCCGGCACGGUGGCCCUGCGCGAGAUCCGCCGCUACCAGAAGUCCACGGAGCUGCUGAUCCGCAAGCUGCCGUUCCAGCGGCUGGUGCGCGAGAUCGCGCAGGACUUCAAGACCGACCUGCGCUUCCAGAGCUCGGCCGUGAUGGCGCUGCAGGAGGCGUGCGAGGCCUACCUGGUGGGGCUCUUCGAGGACACCAACCUGUGUGCCAUCCACACCAAGCGCGUCACCGUCAUGCCCAAAGACAUCCAACUUGCCCGCCGCAUCCGCGGGGAGAGGGCGUAG